GUGGGCCGCCGUAGACCGGCGCCGAGACGGAGCGAGGGCGCCCAGAAAAAGAAUUCACGGAAGUGCCGCUUGUAGAAGGUUGCGGUCCUGACUUGAGAAACAAGGUCCAUCACAUGACCUGAGGAGGGAGGAAGUUUCAGGACCUGGAUUUCAUCAUUUGUGGGGAUACCACUGACCAGAGACUAAGAUUUCUAACCAGAAAUUUCAGUUCAAGAAGAGACUAACGACACAACAUCCUCAUUGCUGGCCAUUUCCAAGUAACAGAAGAAAAUGAUUAAGGACCAGGAAUUGCUGAAGUUGGAGGAUGUGGCUGUGGACUUUACCUGGGAGGAGUGGCAGCUCUUGGACCCUGACCAGAAGGACCUGUACAGGGAUGUGAUGUUGGAGAACUACAGAAACCUGGUAUCAGUGGGGUAUCCAGCCAGCAAGCCAGACACUCUGUCCAGAUUGGAGCAAGGGGAACUAUGGACUAUAGAAGAUGAAUUCCACAGUGGAAUCUGUUCAGAAAUCAAGAAAAAUGAUGGCCACUUACAGGGGCACUUCCAAAAUCAAAGAUGUCUAAAGAGAACAGAACAGUGCUGUGAACAUAAUACAUUCAGACACAUUGUUCAUUGGAGUAAAAAUAAUUUUCCUUUAAGGCAAAAUCAUGAUAUAUUUCACUUACAUGGGAAGGCAUUGAAAUCAAAUGUAAGUUUGACCAACCAGAAUGGAAACUGUGAAGUGAAGAACCCAGUUGAGAAUAAUGGAGAUGCAAAAUCCUUCCUCUGUGCAAAAGAUGAGCAAUGUUAUACCGAAAUAAAAUUCUCUGAACAUGGAAAUUUUAUAAACACCAACUCACAAUUCAUUAAGCAUCAAAGGCCUCAAAAGAUCAAUAAACCCCAUAUAUGCAGUGAAUGUGGGAAAGAUUUUAUCAAGAAGUCUCGCCUCAUUGAUCACCAGAGAGUUCAUACAGGAGAGAAGCCUCAUGGGUGUGGUAUAUGUGGGAAAGCCUUCUCUAGGAAGUCCAGGCUCACUGAACAUCAGAAAACUCAUAUAGGAGAGAAACGCUAUAAAUGCACUGAAUGUGACAAAGUCUUCCCCAAGAAGUCACGGCUGCUUGCUCAUCAGAAAACUCACACAGGAGAGAAACCGUAUGUAUGUGAUGAAUGUGGAAAAGGCUUCAUCAAGAAGUCUCGGCUCAUUAAUCAUCAGAGAGUUCAUACAGGAGAGAAACCUCAUGGAUGCAGUCUGUGUGACAAAGCCUUCUCCAGAAAGUCCAGGCUCAUUGAACAUCAGAGAACUCACACGGGAGAAAAACCUUAUGAAUGCACAGAAUGUGACAAAACCUUCCGCUGGAAAUCACAGCUCAAUGCCCAUCAGAAAACUCACACAGGAGAGAAAUCAUAUAUAUGCAGUGACUGUGGAAAAGGCUUCAUUCAGAAGGGCAAUCUUAUUGUACAUCGGCGAAUUCACACUGGGGAGAAACCCUAUAUAUGCAAUGAAUGUGGCAAAGGCUUCAUCCAGAAAGGCAAUCUCCUAAUACAUCAACGGACUCACACUGGUGAGAAACCCUAUGUAUGCACUGAGUGUGGAAAAGGCUUCAGCCAGAAAACUUGCCUCAUAUCCCAUCAGAGAUUUCACACUGGAAAGACUCCCUUUGUGUGUGCUGAAUGUGGAAAGUCCUGUUCACACAAGUCAGGGCUCAUUAACCAUCAGAGAAUUCACACAGGGGAGAAACCAUACACAUGCAGUGACUGUGGGAAAGCUUUUAGAGAUAAGUCGUGCCUCAAUAGACAUCGAAGAACUCAUACAGGAGAGAGACCCUAUGGGUGCUCCGAUUGUGGGAAAGCCUUCUCCCACCUGUCAUGUCUUGUGUAUCAUAAGGGAAUGCUGCACGCAAGAGAGAAAUGCGUAGGUUCAGUCAAGUUGGGAGACCCUUUUUCAAAGAAUCAGAGAUCAUCACAUUCAAGUGAAAUCAUACAGGAGAAAACCCCUGUUGAUACAGUGACUGUGCACAUGCCUCCUGUGGCAGCUCAGAUGUCCUUACACAUCAAUGGGUUCCUAGCAAAUAGGAACAUGGCCACUGUGGGACAGUCAGCUGCCAGAGACAUACCCUCAGCAGAACACAGAACUGGCACAGGGAAACCUUAUGAAUGCAGUGAAUAUGGUAGUACCUUGGGUGACCAAUUAUGUCAUAUUUUAUAUCACAAAAAGCACACAGGAGUACACUGUGAUGCAAUCAAAAUGGGAGACCCUUGAAUAAAACCUAGCAUUAUAUGGCUAACAAGUUUGUAGUGAGACAAGGUUGCAUACAGCAACUGGGAGUUUUUCAUAGAAUGAUAGACUCUUAGUGCUGUUUCAUGUUACAUGUCAUGAGUGAGCUCAUAGUUGAUAGAAAUAUAAUGACUGUGUAAAAUCAUUUUCUAGAAAUAAGACUUCAGUAGGUGGCAGAGAGUUCACACAGGAGAGAAAUUGCUAGCCCAUUGAAAGCAUUGAUUGUGGCAUGGUUGUUGGUGGUACAUUCUGCUUCAUCCAUUGGCAGAGGAAACCCUAGAAAUAAAUCUCUGGACACACUUAACUAUGGAACAUCUUCAGCAAAAUAUAAGAAAAUGCACAAAGCAAAUAAGGCCUGUGAGGAUGAAGAAGACUUCAGGGGUUUGUGUCACAAUUUUAACAUAAUUCUACAUUAGAUAAUAGAUAUAGUGAGCAUUUUAGGACACUAUACUGCUCCUAAAUUGAAUCAGACUCCUAGUCGACAUGUCAAGACUGCUUCAUUAAAGGAGGUUGUCUGUGUUGCACACCAUUGAUUAAAGUUACAACACAGUGCACACUCCCCCGUUGAGGGUCAUGAAUUUUUUUUCCCAUGUAGGAACAUUAUGUGAUUAGCUCUUGCAUUUCUUUGGUUCUAAAUGUAUUCAAAUUGUAUUUUAGGUGACUGUAGUCCUUCAAAAGGAAACUGGAUAUAUUUAAUUCUAUAGUGUAACAACACGUUUGGGUAUGUUAACUUUAUACAUAUCACCUGGGGAACAGAGUUCAAAACUCAUGAAUAACCUGUCAGCCAAGCUUUCACCCAAGAUGAUAGUUCCCAUCCUGCAUGCACACCACUCAGAAAAAAACUUUAACAACUAUUUCCUUUAACUUGGUACUGGUUUAGGACCUAUAGGUGAUGACAGUGAUGAACAAAACAAAAUGUCCUUGCUAUCUUUGAGCUAGCAAUUUUUAAGAGUAAAUUUUUUAAAAAAAUUUUAGAUAGAGGGGAAGGAGAAAGAGGGAGAGAAACAUGGAUGUGUGAGAUACUGGCCUCUCAUAUUCACAGGUUGACACUCAACCCACUGAGCUACACCAGCCAGAGCUGAGCUAGCAGUUUUUUUAAAGGUAGAUUUUAUGCAUAUAGCAAUAUUAUUCUCCAGCAAAUGUAAUCAGAGGAUGUAUACAGAUGUUAGUUGAAGGGGACAUACAGUAAAAAUAAAAUAUCCUGAUAAUUUCCAGUUCAAGGGGUAUGUUAUUUGAAUGGAGGGAAAGGAUUCACUUAAUUUUACAUACAUAGAAUAGGGUAUGAAUACUUCUUAAAAUGAUUCAUGUCUUCUUCCCAGGUUAUAAAUUCCUUGAAUAGUUUAUAGGUAAUUGUAUAUUUCCCAGCACAUAGCAAAAGAGAAGUGAAUUAUAUGUAGAACUGAAAGAUGGAUGAAGCCAAAUGAAUGAGCUAAUGCACUAAUCAAUCAAAAUUACUUUCAUCACUGAAGGAAUAGAGCUACUGGAAAGAAAUUGUAAGGAUCAAUAUUUUUUUCCUCUUUUUUCCUUUAAAAUAUUAUUUUUGUUUUUUAAAUUUUUUAUAAGGAUCAGUAUGCUAAGAAACUUUUUAAAAAUCCUAACAAAAGGCUCCUGUCAGAAUAUAGAAGGGGCAGAUCAGAGGAGGAAUAGACUGGAGAAAAAGCCCAAUUAAUGGAAAAAAAUCACUCUAAAAAUUGAGAACAGAAGAAGAGACCCUUUGGAUGUCUUGUAGAUGAACCCUCAUAUUCAUCCCCAGGUCUAUCACCUUUUAGAGCUGCCACGAUUUAAAAGAUUCCCCACUCCUCCGACAUGAUAAAUUGAGACAAAUCAUUAUCACUCCUCUCCUGGGAAUGGGGACUUUGUCAUCUCUUCUAUACUCAGGGUUCUUUCCCUUGAACUGAUAAAGAUAUCCACCUUAAAAAA